ACGCUUCGCGCACGCGCAAGCCGCGCCGGCUCUGGCAGAUGCCAUGGCGUCCGAGCGACUCCCGAGCCGGCCCGCCUGCCUCCUCGUGGCCAGCGGCGCCGCGGAGGGGUCCAGUAGUGCCCGAUUUAGAGCCGUGUUGACUUUGCAGGUGUGUCUGCCCAGUCCUUCCUUCACUGCUUCACGCUGGCCAGCGCCGCCUUCAACCUACAGGUGGCCACCCCUGGGGGGAAGACCAUGGACUUCGUGGAUGUGAAUGAGGGCAAUGCUCGCUGGGUGCAAGAUUUCCGCCUCAAGGCGUACGCCAGCCCUGCCAAGCUGGAGUCCAUUGAUGGUGCCCGGUACCACGCCCUCCUGAUUCCCAGCUGUCCCGGGGCCCUGGCCGACCUGGCCAGCAGCGGCUCCCUGGCCCGCAUCCUCCAGCACUUCCGCUCGGAGAACAAGCCCAUCUGUGCGGUUGGCCACGGCGUCGCAGCUCUGUGCUGUGCCACCCACGAGGACCGAUCCUGGGUCUUCCAGGGCUACAGCAUCACAGGGCCCUCUGUGUACGAGCUCGUCAGGGCACCUGGAUUUGCCCGCCUGCCCCUCAUCGUGGAGGACUUUGUGAAGGACGCCGGCGCCAGCUUCAGUGCCAGUGAGCCCGACGCCGUGCACGUGGUGCUGGACCGCCACCUGGUCACAGGCCAGAAUGCCAGCUCCACUGUCCCAGCUGUGCACAACCUGCUCUUUCUCUGCGGUGGCCGGAAAUGAGAUGGCUUCCCGCCUGCCAGCGGACGCUUCCCCCUCUAGACAACCGGAUUCCUCAGGCCUCCAGGGACCCCGCCUCCGUGACAGCCCGAGAGUGACUUCUGGAUGCCCAGCUGGACCCAGCGGGAUUGUUGGAGGCCUCUGAGAAUUAGCCCUGAGGAGUGUCAGCUCUGGGGGAGGGGCCGCCCUCCCCACCCCCAGGCCACUUGCUUUCCCUGGGGCAGAGUAGUGGAGGGGCUCAGGGCCGUCAGGUGGUCUCUGAGAAUUCCGCAUGUGCUCGGCUCAGAGAGUUGGUCUGUGGGAGUCGGCCAUGGGGGUCCCCGUGUUUGUCUUGGAUCCUUUGGUCUUUCUGUGCCCUGCUGGCUGGUCCCUCCCCUCUGCCUGUCCGUGUCCACCCUGACCAGUCUUUCUGGUGGUGGUGCCAGGACCCCAUUGUGUGUGGUGAGGACAGGGCCCAGGCCUCUGUGCUGCCCCCCACUCCUGUAGGUGUUGGUGGGGGAAGCUGUGGUCCAGCUGCCUGGGGCUGGCUCGGCACUUCCCGUUUGCCCAAGGCCAGGGGGCAGCUUGUGAGGGACACAGGCUCCCGGCCCCCAGGCGGGCCCCAGACCACUCGGCGCUGAAGGAGCAGCCGUGAUUUUAAUCCUUGCGGUGUGUGUGGGUUCAGAGUGUGACGGUAACACCGUGUGAGGCCAUCGCUUCUGACGCUGAAGCUGCUGGGUCUUCAGAAAGCAGCACUGCUCGCCCAGAGCCCUGCCCACGUGGUGUGUGGGUUUGCAGCUGCCCCAGAGCUUUCGAGGUAGAGUGACCAAAGUGCGGGUCCUGCUGGCCAGGAGCCCUGGAGCGGUGCCCCUCGGUCGACACCUAUGUGUAGAGCCAGGCCUCAACAGGCCUGCGCGGGGGUGCUCCGUCCCGACGUGGCCACUCACCCUCUGGGCUCGCGGGCCUCCAGGGGCUGGGCAGGUCCUCUUGCGCCCCACCUUGGCUUGUGCCCGUCCCCGACUUGGUUUGUGCGGCUGUGCUGCAUCUGACCCCCCGGAACGGAAGACGGGAAGGAGGCGGCGCCUCCCCCGCGCCACAGAGCGUGGAGAUGCAGCCCCGCUCCUCUGGAGUUUUUCUGGGGGCACCGUGUCCGGAGCUGAUGCCACGGCCCGGCUGGCCGGCUCCACUGAGAGGCCUGGGUCCUCUGGGCCUCGGUCACCACCACAGAGUGGUCGACAUCUCUGGACAAGCUGUUUUAUAGUUCAUGCCUUGUGAGCUCCGUCUCUUGUGAUCUGUGAAGCGCUACCAACACUCGCCAAGCUCGGCCAGAGGACUCCUGGGUUCCGGGUCGGUGCAGGGCGGGGGCCCCCCAGUCCCGUUCCCUGCACCCACCAGAAGUAACCCACAGCCCCACAGGAGUGACCCGUGAGUGCCAGUGACAGCAGCAUCCGCCGUAACAGAGCGACUUAACAAAUCGUAGUUUCCCUGACCCAAGUGUCCGUCACUGCCAGACAGCGUGAGUAGCCGUGGGCUAGGACGUCACUUGGCCUGGAAGAGGAAUGGGGUCCUGGGAGCAUCGCGCAGACCGAAUCUGGACCCCGGCCUGCAAAGCCAGACCGCGGGUGUGAGUGAGUCUAUUACACAGAACAGAGUCGCUGUCGGGGGGUGAGGGGUGCACAUGAACACGAUGCCUCCUUCUGGGGGGACGGGAACGUCCUAAAGCUGGGGUCAGGGCACCCGGCUGGCUCGUGGAGCGCACACCUGUGUCUCGGGGUGGCAAGGGGAGUCUGUGCCCCAGGUGGGGUGUAGACUGCUUCGAACAGUAAAAUCUUUAAACCAGUCAAUCUUGGUGGUCCGCAUGGCUCGAGGUAUUAAGAUCACCAGCUUGUACAUGUGAGCGGGUGGGUGGGCUUGAUGUUGGCUAUGUGUGCACGCACGUGUGACCCAGACCUGCAAGUCCUGGGGUGCGGUCUGUUGAGCAGCUGGCCGUCCGCCUGCCUGCUGAGCGCUGGGGCACAGCCAGAGGUGCAAAGCCUUGCCCAGGCCUUGGGACACCCCGCUGCCCCCUGCACACCUUGGGGGCCGUGCUCAGCACAGGCCAGACCUGCUGGGGCCAGGCCAGGGCGUCCGCAGUGCAUCCCCUCUCCAAGGCCCUGCACUGUGUGUCCUGCCGCUCCUGCUCUUGGGAGGUGGCCAAGGGGCCUCUGCAGAGCUAGUUGCCAGCCUGGGUGGACGGAGACCGGAUGCCGGGGCAUCUGGGCUCAGUGCUUGGUCCUUUAGUCUCAGCAGGCCUGUUCCUCACACCUGGCUCCCUCCGCACAGACCUUGGGGGGGUGCGGGGGAGGGCCCCCCCCACCAAGCCCUUUCCCCCUGCAGCAGGGCACCAGGCCGCAGCAGCUUGAGAGCCUGCACACGCCAGUCGUGCCCACGAGGUGGCGCCACCCCCUCCCAGGGAGCCGGGCACCAGGGCAGCUGGCAGGGAAGGGGGCGCUGGACCAGCAACAGGAACGUGGCCCAAGAGAAGUGACUGCGCGAAUUAAUUAGGCAAAAUUUUAUGUUGACUCUGAUCCAUCCCUGCCCCCGACUGGUAAAAAAUGGAAAUUCGUCACAAGGCAUGUGCAAUUGGCCCCGAUUCAGACGGCCCAGAUCUGUGGCCCGGCUCAGGCGUGGCCCUAUUUUCCGUUUUCUGUGCUGAACAUGCGGCCCUAGAAGGGGAGAAAGGGAGAGCGUGAGAGGCGGGCGUCCACGCGUGGCCCCUGCCCCCUGCCAGGGCUGCUGCAGGAGGGGGUCCCGAAGCCUUGGGCCACAGUCUAGGCGGCCAGGGGAGUCGACAAGCCCCAGCUCCGCCCCCGAGUGUGGGGCGCUCACCACCAGCAUCCGCUCGAGCUUCACGGCGUCGGCAGCAAACUUCCGGAUCCCGUCCGAGAGCUUCUCCACCGCCAUCUGGUCCUCGUUGUGCAGCCAGCGGAAGGCCUUCUCAUCCAGCUGGACCUUCUCCAGGUCGCUGGCCUGCGCUGCGGGGGACAGGCACCGGGGCCUCCCACAGCCACCCGCACCCCCGUGUGUCCCAGCUCCUGUGGGGUCGGGCCGCCCAGCAUCUCGGCAGGGCCCCGGCAAGGCUCCCUCUGCGGGCAGGACACCGGCUGCCUCGGGCCAGUCCCUCACCUCCACGCUCGGAGCCCCGGGUGGAGGCAGCCGCCAGCCAAGGGGCAGAGGGCUUACCCGCCUUGGGCGACAGCACGGGCACCAGCUCGCUGCGGUCCUUGAGCAGCUCCCCCAGGAGCUUGGGCGAGAUGGUGAGGAAGUCGCAGCCGGCCAGCGCUUUGAUCUCGCCGGUGUUGCGGAAGGAGGCGCCCAUGACGAUGGUCUUGUAGUCGAACUUCUUGUAGUAGUUGUAGAUCUUGGUGACGCUCUUCACCCCUGGGGCCGCACACACGGUGUUCCCAAUGGCCUCGUGGAUGCCGGAGGCAGUGCCCGCCCAGGGUGAGGCCCAGAGCUGCCACGGCUGUGCCCCCCCCACCUAGCUGUACCCCCAGGCUGGCUGCGCACCCCCCACCCCGUUCCUUCAACAGCCAGCUCACCCGGGUCCUCCAGGGGCUCAUAGGAUUUCUUGUCUGUGUUGGCCACGUGCCAGUCGAGGAUGCGGCCCACAAAGGGGGAGAUGAGGGUCACCCCCGCCUCAGCGCAGGCCACGGCCUGGGCGAAGGAGAAGAGCAGCGUCAUGUUGCAGUGGAUGCCGUGCUGCUCCUCCAGCUCCCUGUGGGGACACGGGGCCCCCGGGUCAGCACAGUGGCUCACGUGUGCGACACCCGCCGGGGCGCUCUGCCUGGCGGGCUUCUCUGAUAAACCUGUUUCCAAAACACGCCCCUGAGAACCACGGUGGGUCUCCCUGGGCCAGGCCGGUGCGCCUGCACCCCCGGGGCUGCCGCCAGAGACCCCCCCCCCAAGUCCCCUCCCACCGCAGUGGCAACCUGCCCUCCGUCCCACCCUGACCUGCAGCCUCCCGGGCGCCCCCUGCCGGCCCCCCAAUCCACUGGGACGUCCUGGGGUUGAGCCUGGCCUGUAGGGCAGUGCUCACACUGCUGCAAGCUGGGGAGUGGGCUGUGACGGCUAAGCCUGUGCUCAGGCCCCUCUGGCCGUGUCUCUAUCCACUGGGGACCUUGUCAGAGGGCCCCAUGCCCUGUGGCCCCCCAGCAGCAUUCAUGAAGCACGGCUGCAGGGAAUGCGGACGCGGUGGUAGUGGCGGCACAGGCCCCGGCGCCCUGCAGCAGGGCCAGGCUCUCCCAGGGCCUACGUGCCUGGUGCAGGUGCCCACGGGAGGCCUCAGUGGGACCCAGCAGCCGUGCUGGUCUGACCCGACCUGUGGAGCGUGCCGGGAGGGUGUGAGAUGGAACACAGACUGCAGGAAACAGCCCAGGAGGAGAGUCCCCCAGGACGAGACCAUCCACUCCUCCCCAGCACCAGGAUGCACGAGACAAAGCUGUGCCAGCCGGGAGGCUGCCCUGGCGGCGAGCGAUCCGUGCAGAGCGCUCUGAGCUCACCUGCAAGCGGGCUGUCCUGCACGACCCCAUGGCCGCUUAGCGCCACUGCCAAGCAGGGACGCCCCCGGCCCCUCUUCCCACCCCACACAACCUUGCACUGCUGACUGUGCUGCGGGGCACAUCUGGAGCCUUAGGAAAUCGUGAGGCUGCGGCCCCGGGAGUGGCUCAGAUGCACUCGGCCCACUCUGAUCUGGACCUCCGUUGAGCAGUGUGAGCGACUGCGGGCACCGCUGCCCCAGACCCUGGCACCAGCAGCCUCCUCUGAGUUUCUGUUUCAUUGGCAGAUUCUUCCCGGCUUGGCCGCGCUACCCUGGUUUAUCUGCUCGAGGACUGAGGAGACUAGCUGCCAGGGGCUCCGGGGAGAGGGUGGGCGUGAGCGGGACCGGCUGACCUGGUGUCAGUAAUAACUUCUAGGAGUCUCAGAACAAUUUUCCAAUCACUGCUGACAAAUAGAAAAACUGAGUAAACGGAAAAGGAGAGUAGGGCCGCAGACGACACCAGUGGGAAGCAGAGGGUCGCCCAAGGGGUGGCCAAGCACGGAGGGACUGUCCCACGUGGCACCCCCCUCCCACGGAGGUGCCCACGGGAGCAAACACGUGUCUGAACCUGUACACAGCUGUUCCCAAAAGCACACUCGUGACAGCGCCAAGGGUGGACGUAGCCACGUGUCCACGGAAGGGUGAGUGGACACACAAAACGUGUAGACACGGUGGCACAUUAGC